UCUAUCAUAAUUGUCAAAUCAAAUAAUUUUUAGACAACCCGUGUUGAAAAUAAAAAUUAAAGUUUUUAAAAUUAAUAGGUAUUUGCUUCACUUCUUAUUUUGUAUGCAUUUAUUUUAUCAAAAUCACCAAUAACAUCAUAAAAGUAUCGUUACAACAUUUUAAUAACCUAAACACAAGUAAUAUAUUUUCAAAAUGCACGACCACAAUUUCGACUUCGAAGCUGUGACUCCAGACAUGUGGAUCGCAAACGAAAAUGAGUGGCGGGAAAAGCUACUAAAACUCCCAAAUUGGUAUCAGAUACCACUAAUAAACUGCAAUGCAUCUCACAAUUUUUCCGACAACAACCUGGUGCGGUUCCGCGGUAUGAUCCAAGAUAUGCACAACCCUGAAUUUUAUUUUGAACAAUUUGAAGUUUAUAAUACAGCCACCAAAGAGGUCAAAGUGAAAAGUGGAAAGUUUCGGGAUACUGCCAAUGUAAUGGAAAAUGAAAAAAUAAACUACACAGAAAAUUACAAAGGUGCACAGCGUCAAACUAUAAUUGCAGUAUCAAUGCCGGGAUUAAAUGAUUGGGCACAAGAAAUUGAGGAUAAACAGAAUGUCUUACCACACUUGGAACAGCAACCAAACACAUCUAAACGUCUCAGUCAGUCAAAUAUAAAAUUAAAAAGGAGUUUCGAAGACAAUGAAGAGGACAGUGAAGCUAUGGAUGUCGUUGAGAAUGGAACUGGUGUGAAAGAAAUGAAAAUCAGUGAUGAAACGGUGGAUCCUGGUAAAGUGGUGUCCAGAGAGCAUUUAUUGAACUUCCCACUGCCAGAUGUGCCAAGUAAAUCUUGUAUUGUUAAGAUCUACAGUGAUCACGACAAUUUGAAACUAAACGAAAUGAUCGAAGUUGUGGGCUUCCUGUCCGUAGACCCGAUCCUCUCCGGAGAAUUCUCAGAGAAGAACCCUCUUGGUCCAGAGUUAGAAACAGAGGCUGAGACUAUGACACACCACCCGCCGCCUAGCCUCGUGCCCAGAGUGCACGCUGUCUAUGUGAAAAAGUUGGAGCAUUGCAAUCCUUUAGUCAAAGAGGACAUGGACCAAGCUGCAGUCCUAAAAGAAGCGAGUGUAGCUCGGGAGCAUCUUCUGAAAGCCUUAACAGAACUACUGCUGGGAGAUCAGUUAGCGGCCGAAUAUCUCAUCUGCCAUCUCAUUGCAUGUGUUUACCUCCGACAGGACACGAUGUCCCUGGGCCAGUUCUGCCUCAACCUGUCCAACUUGCCCACAGACACGUGUCCGCACUACGGCAAACAGUUGUACGACAUCAUUCGACAGUUCGUCACCAAGAGUUACUACUUGCCGCUGACCAUAGAGAAUAUGAAUACCAUGGCGUUGUUACCUAAAAAGGACUACGAGUGCAACCGUCUCACUAGCGGAGUCCUGCAGCUAAGCAAACACACACACUUAAUACUCGAUGAGACAAAAAUGCAACAAGGGACGUUAGACGCUACGGGUGUUAACAAUAUAGCCGCUCUUGGAAACAUGAUUCAAAAUCAAAAAGUGGAAUAUGAUUUUAAGUAUUACAAAAUGGAUUUUGAAUCUGACAUACCUGUUUUGAUACUAUCUGAAGGGAAAUCUUUGUUGCCUAGUGACUAUCACGUCCCCCUGAGGCCCGAGGAAUCCUCUCUGAAGAUAUUCGCCGCUAUCGUGGAGGCGGCCUCUUACUACUUGAAGGAGGACAUCAUGAACAUCAUCAGAACUUACCUAACUAGUCUUAAGCUUGUCAAAUAUACUAUAAGUGAAGAUUUGAAGUUUGUAGAAGACGAUUUUAUAGAAAUGCGUCGCACAUCCGACCCCCAGCACCCAGUGAGCGCGGAUGAACUACAUCGCCUGUUGGUGCUGGCCAGACUCGUGAGCCUCUCGCGAGGGUUCGACACCUUGCACAAGGACUGCUGGGAUGUGGCCCGCCACAUGGAGAAGGAGAGGGCGCAGAGGCUGAAUAAAAACACAGUGUGAAAUUUUGCUAUUAAAUAUUUUUUAUUUAA